GCUAUAUCUAACUGUGUAACACCCAAUGCCAAUCAGUCGGUGCUUUGGCGGCCUGUUGGUAACACAGUGCCCAGCCCUCCACUGAAAACAAGUUGGAAAUACCUUCAGCUUGGUAAUUCAACUCAAGUCCCCCCUGAAGAGCAUUCAAGUUUAGCAUCAUUUCAAAUUUUAGGAUGGAACUGAAAGACAUCUUGCCCAUCAAUCUUGACCUAACCAACGGACUUGAUUCGUCAAAGAAAAAAAACGAUAUUUGCAUUACUAUAGGUUUUAAAACUUAUUCAAUCAACCAAUCUAUUCUAAGUGCCUGCUCUAAGUAUUUUCAAGCCUUGAUGUACUCUGACACCAAUAAAUCAAAAGAAAUGAUAAAUUUGCUGAUCAAAGGCAUCGACGCCCACAGUUUUGCUUAUGUGCUGCACAUGAUCAACAAAGGCAAAAAACAAAAUGACUGAGAACAACAUGCUAGCUAUGUGGCGCGCAGCACACCACUUGAAGAUCGAAUUUCUAAUCGAACAGUGUGAAAAUUUCGUCAAUGCUCACGUAACUGAAGAGAACUAUUUAAAUAUUUACCAGCAUGCCAUCGCCUUCAAAUCAGAGACUGCUUAUAAAAAGGUUAUCUCAUUGAUGAUCAAAAACUUUGACCGAUUUAUAAAGACUGAUACUUUUCUAACUUUAACUCCUAAGACUUUAAUAGAAAUCCUAACAAGCGGAGGCAUCAAGUCACAUGACAAUGUAAUUGUAGCCAUUUUUGAUUGGAUUAAUUAUACUAGGACAGAGCGACUUCAGAGCUGUGGCGAGUCGCCAAAGAAGAACAAACCUAAAAAAAGGGGUGGCAAGCCAACGGAGAAAAACAAAACUAACGAGAGUGAUGGCAAUGCUGAUUGGGACAUGGAAGUCAAUUUUAACGAUAUAGAUCUUUUUUCUAACACCGAUAAUCAUCCCACAAAUAGAGAAGAGCUUCUGGGGAAACUAAUCAGCCUUGUUCAGUUUGACCUCAUCACCGCGGAUGGACUCAGAAAGCUGUUGGACAAUGAUGACGUGAUGGAGAACAGAGAUGCAAGGAACACUGUGAGGAGAGCCAUCUCCUCCCAGCUGGAAAACGAGAAACUUGUAAAGCUGCAACUCAAUGCUGAAGAGAUUACACCCGAAGCCAUGAGUUUAUCUGAUCUUACAAUUGAAGACAUUAGCUCUGAAGUCGCUUUGGCCUCUCCCCAGACCCAGCACGUCAUCUUUUUUAUAGACAGAAACCAGAGUCUCUUGGCACUCAAUGUUUUGAGCAACACAAUACUUCAAGUCAGCUUUGAUAUUAAAGGAACAUUUGAGGAUUUAUUUGUUUUGGAGCACAAGUUACACAUCUUGGUAAGUCGCUCAUUUGUCAGUCCAGCAUGCCAACUACGUUUGUAUAAGAUUUCAGAUUUCCAAUCCAUCAUUUGUUACUUCGGGCCGAAGAACAGAACAAAGUUUAUCAUCAAUGGCACUUUUCAUUAUGCCUUCCUCAGUUGUAACAAAAAAUCUCUAAAGAUCACUGGAACUAAACGCCCUGACCCCUAUCAAAGAACUUGGGCAACCCUUGAUUACUAUCAUGACAUUGGGGAAGUGACGUCACUAGUCAACUUUGAAAAUGAGAUUGUGGGGUUCUUCUCGGGCGAGGAGGAAGGCAAAGAAGCAACUAGAAUCUUCUCGUUCAAUACCACCAGUAGAACUUUUUAUCCCAUCGUGAACCUGGACGGCAGUUCCAAAAAUCUGGCUUCUUUCACUUUCGAAAAGAGGCUGUUUGUCAUCCAAGGCUGUGGGACUUUGACAGAAUUAUAUAGACAUGAUGGAUUUCUGCAAGCUGACUUUCACCCGCCGCUGUGGGACAUGCCUUUGGAAAUAUUUGGAGCAGUGGUGUUAAACAAAACAUUUUUAGUGAUGGCGCGCCUUGACAAUGUCCAAAAUCUACCAACGACUUGCCAGUUUGGCCGCACUAAGUUUGUUAACCUUACCAAUGGUGCCAAUAUUUGUCAGUACAUGGCUAUUCCCAAUCACUGGCUUAAAAAAAAAUUGAAAUGAUCCUUAACUUGUUUGCUCACUUGAUUCAGGACUUAACAAUAUUUUAAAAGGUUCAUGUUGUUAAAACAUAAGUACAAUUCAGUGUUACUAGAUCGAUUAUAAAAUCUCUCUUUUAGGAAAUGCAUUUCAGUUUAGUUUUAUAAGAGACUUUUAUUUUUCAUCACAGUUAAUCUUAAAUUUCAAUACCAUUUUAGAAUGUCUUUCCAGAUCUGUCUCAGAAUUUUUUUAAAAAAUUGUCUUUUACUUUCUAAAUUUUCAUCUUUUUUUUUUUUUACCAUUUAUUUUCAGGCAUUUUUUUUUUCCAUUAAAGUUUAAAUUUUCAAAUGUCAUACAAACUAACCAUUGAUGUUUCAUCAUUUUUUUAUGUGGAAUUUUUCUAUCAUUUGUAACUAUUGGAACAUUUUAUUUUGUAUUCAAUUUUUGAAAUAUUUUUUGGUAAUCAGAUCUUUUUUUCUCUUGUACCAUUAUUACAUAAUAAUUCAAUUUUUUUAAAAAUGACAUCUAGGAAAAAUGUCUAUCAUUGUGACAAUCUACUCCAUGCAUUCAUCAAAUUUUCUUUAUUGUCCUCAUUUAAGUAGUCUGAAUGGAACAAUGAAGUAUUUUUCUGAAUUUUCAGUACAUUCUAUUAUGUCUUGUCCUCCAAAAGUAUCUGAUCUACUAUACUUUUUUAGUGAGUUGAUGUAGCUAGAACAAUUUCUUUAAAAUUUUUUCUAUUUAAAAUUUUAGUCUGUGUUUAUAUAUAACACUGGAAUGUAUGAGAAACUUUUGACAACUCGGAACAAUAAAGAUUUUAUCACCUCCUUA